CCAGAGAUGGACAGUUGAACACAGACGAUGUCAUCAGUGUUUGAACCUGACAGACAACAACCCUUGCACAGGAGACGCACCCAUCAGAAGCAAAUCUUAAUGACACAACCACCGAGAAGGAAAGUCGGACGCCGCGGGAAAAUAUUAUGCUUCGAUGGAGAUGAGAAGAAUUACUUGUCGUGGGAGACAAAGUUUGUGGAGCACUUGGGUCAGCUAGGCCUCAAAGCCACGCUGCUCAGUGAGCCGCAUGACAAUAAAGAUGACGUCCAGAAAAACGAGGACGUCUACGCCGAGUUGAUCCAGGUUUUGGACGACAAAAGCCUGUCGUUGAUUAUGAUCGAAGCAGAGGACGACGGGAGGAGGGCGUUAAAGAUACUGCGACAGUAUUACGGAGAGAGUCAAGAAGAGAUUCCAUCUGAGAAGCGAGAGUUGAACUCCAGUGUGGGGCAAAAGGAGCCGGAGCCCCGCCACUUUGAAGAGAAAUGGUGGGAGCCGCUUCGAGGGUCAGACGUCCAGCAGGUGUCAGCAGAGAGUCAACAUGCGAUUCCCUCCAGGCAGCAGAAGUGGAGCUCCAAAGUGGGACAGAGGGAGCCAGAGACGCCCCACAUUAAAGAGGAAGAGGAGGAACAGCAACUUCAGGGGUUGAUGGAGGCUGAUGAUGAAGAUGAAACUCAGUCCUAUCAGCUUUAUCACAGUCAAAGUGAGAUAACCGGAGGGGCGGAGCUUCUAACUCAACACAUAACAGAGGAUGACGGAGAGCAGCUCCACAUUAAAGAGGAAGAGAAAACUGAUGAAGAUGAAAGUCAGUCCUCACAUUGUCUUCACAGUCGAAGUGAGACAAACAGAGGGGCGGAGCUUAUAACUCGACACAUAGUUGAUGGAAAGCUGCUCCACAUUAAAGAGGAAGAGGAGGAACAGCAACUUCAAAGGUUGACAGAGGCUGAUGAUGAAGAUGGAGCUCACUCCUCCCAGCUUCGUCACAGUCAAAGUGAGGAGAGCGGAGCGGCGGAGCUUCUAACUCGACACAUCACAGAAGGUGAUGGAGAGCAUUGUGAAGAUAUAAACUCCGAACCAGACAACAUUUACGCUCCACUGUCUGACAUGGACGACAUGAUGUCAGACUCUUCUGAGAGCGAUCACAGUGACGACAUCACAAAACCUUUGGAGAGUAAUAAGAAUUCGAAAGCUAAUACGAGACGUCGCACUAACAACAAACACUUUGACUGUCCUGAAUGUGGGAAAUCCUUUGGACGAAGGAGUAAUUUGAAAACCCACAUGAGAACGCACACCGGAGAGAAACCCUUCGCUUGCUCUUUUUGUGCCAAAGGUUUCUCCCUCAAGCAUCAUAUGAUAAUACACAUGAGAACGCACACUGGAGAGAAACCUUUUGCUUGCGCAGUUUGUUCUAAAACAUUCUGCUCGGCGGAUCACAUGAAAAGGCACAUGCUAAUACAUACAAGGGAGGCAUCACAUCCAUGUUCAGCUUGUGGUAAAAUAUUCACUUGUAAAAAAGGCAUGUUAUUGCACAUGCGAACACACAGUCCUGAGAAACUCUUUACCUGCUCCGUUUGCUGUAAGAUGUUCACCAGAAAGCAAAAUAUGAACAAACACAUGAGAUCACACUUCGAGGAGGAGAAAUUUGUGUGCACGCUCUGCCCUAAAAGAUUCACGAAUAAAACAGCUGUCAUGAUACACACGAGAACACACUCUAGGGAGAAACCGUUCGGUUGCAUUGUGUGCAAUAAAAGGUUUACAUGUCAUUAUAAUGUCAGCAGGCACAAGUGUGCAACAGUCAUGGAAGCUGCAAGGACAUAAAUACACACUCUGUUACUGUGCUAAAUCUAUUAUAAAUACACAACGUGUUUAUUAGGCAUGUAUAUUUAGACCUUCAUGUGGUGUUCAGGAGUGUAAUUUUUCUAGGGAAAAAAAGGAAUUUUGGUUUUGAGGCCGAACAACUACUUAGAAUAUUCAGUUUGCAACACGAAUGAUUUCGGUGGACAUGGGCAGUAUCGGACCCAGGAGCAUUUGAAAUAUUGAACAGAUGUUUUUAUUUUGAAGGCGCAAUACAUUGUAGUGUCACUGGCCCUUUUUAAACAGCACGUAGGAUAUAUUUCCAUGAAUAUAACUUGUUUAUCACGUCUUGCGUUUGUUUACUGUGAUGGUCACUUGUCGGUUCCUUAAUUGCUAACUGUCAUUGUUCACAAGUAACGCCAACACUAACUAAAAUGUUGUCAUCUCAUUUUUAACACAAUACCAUUAUUGAAUGCAGGUUGUAAAGUGACCUCGUUGUGUCGUUGUAGAAGAACAAAGCUUGUUGAUUUUUUAGUUGAUUUUCAUUGGCCAAACUGCUUUUUGCGUUUUGAAUUGUCAUUAAAGAGUGAACAGUU